AUGACAGGAUUAGAUAUUGAUUCCGAUCACAUUUUGGAAAUUGCAGUCAUUAUUACUGAUGGUAAUUUAAAUAUUAUUGCACAAUUGGAUUCAUUGAUUGUUCAUCAGAGUGACUCUGUUUUAGAUAAUAUGAAUGAUUGGUGUAAACAGCAUCAUGGUGAUAGUGGUUUGACUGCUGCCGUUCGGAAGAGCACACUCUCCAUUCAGCAAGUUGAGGAUACAGUCUUGGAUUUUGUUAAACACUAUGUUGCAUCGGAGAGAUUGGCUCCAUUGGCUGGUAACAGUGUUUAUUGUGAUAGAUUAUUUAUGAAGUAUGUUAAUUUCUUAUUAUUUUAA